UGGCUCAAACUGUGUGAAACGACCUUAGACCAACAGCUCGAGGCGUAGCAAGCCACACAUCGAUUGAGCUGCCACUGUCUGGUCUCCCUACAUAUGCCGCAUUUAAAACAACUGGGUACUCGGGGGAAAAAAUACCAUGUCAAAUCAUGACGUCAGUGAUCUUCUGGUCGGAGCUCUAGACAGAGGCCCGAGCUCCCGAGUUGGAUGACAGUUCAAAUCGAUAUUUCCCAGUCGGGGCUAUUUUUUUUCCCCGAGUUCCCAGUUAUUUUGAACGCUCCGAAGUCGGAGAUUUCCUAGUUCCCCGUUGUUUUGAACGCGGCAAUAACAUGACCACCACUGUGCUGCCACAGCAAGCAACUGUAGAAUUCAACAUGGCUGCCUUUCACGGUCAGUAAGGGAGUUAUUUUCAAGUCAGAAGCGGAUAGUUAGCGUUUCACUAUCUAAAUCCAGAGAUAAAUACAUUUUCGUAGCUCGGGCCUCUCAAGCAGACCGCGAUGGCUCAGUGCGUACAGUCGGUGCAGGAAUUCAUCCAGGACUCGUUUGUCCCUAUGGUGGCGGUCCUGUGCAGCGAAGAUGCGGAGAAAGUGACUCGUAAAAACAACCUGAAUUUCUCGGAGCUGCUAAGGCCCUUCUGCCGGUUAACAUCCGAAGGUCACAUGAGGGACCCCAACAACCAGGUGCAGGUGGUGAAGAACCUUCGCAUCAGCGUCAACAACGUGGUGACACGCCCUUCUGUCCCUGCCUCCGGCGUCCCUGGCCAUGCCCACCGACGUCUGCUCAGCGAGGUGGUGUUGACAUGCCAACCGGCUGAGGGUGGUGUUGCCAAUGUCAUUACUGCUGGCGACUAUGACCUCAAUAUUAGUGCCACGACUCCCUGGUUUGAGGCGUACAGAGAGAGCUUCCUCCAGUCCAUGCCUGCCUCCGACCAUGAGUUCCUCAACCACUACCUCGCCUGUCUGUUGGUGGUGUCGUCCAGUGAGGCUGUACCAGUGGAGAAGUUCCUCAAGCUGUCUCAGGAGCAGCACAGGAUCCAGCACAGCGGCGAGUACACCAACCCCAAGUGGUUCAUCCCCAACACACUCAAGUACUACGUCCUACUGCACGACAUGAGCCAGGGAGACGAACAGAGGGCUGACUCUGUGUAUGAGGAUAUGAAGCAGAGGUAUGGUGCUCAGGGUUGUUACCUGUUGAAGGUCAACUCUCGUACGGCGGCAGCGGGAGCAGACGAACAGAUCCCAGACCCAUGGAGCCAGUACCUUCACAAGAGUAGCCUGCAAAGCCAGGAUCAGUAUGAGGAUCCAGCCCCUGUAGUGGUGAACAACACGGCUGUAGAGAACAACGUAGGAGGAACAUCCGAGGUGGACGGACACGACUCGGAAGAGAAAGACGGAGUCUUGGUCAACAGUCUGGACAGCACCCAUCCCCUCCAGCUGGAUGCACCCAGUGACACGCCCGGUAGCCUCGAUGCUCUCAGGGCCGUCGCCGUGGAAACCAAGCCACCGCCCCUCGCCACGGGAGUGGCAGCGGCCACCAGCCAUGGGGCGUGCCUCACGCUGAACGACCACGACCGCAUCAGACUGUUCAUCCAGGAGUUUACCUUCAGGGGACUACUGCCUCACAUAGAGAAGAACAUCAGACAGCUCAAUGACCAGCUGGUCUCCAGGAAAGGCUUGAGUCGCUCUCUUUUCUCUGCUACUAAGAAGUGGUUUGGAGGUGGGAAAGUUCCAGAGAAGAGUAUCGCUGAACUGAAGAACACUUCUGGCCUACUCUAUCCCCCAGAAGCCCCUGAGCUGCAGAUCAGGAAGAUGGCUGACCUUUGUUUCCUGGUUCAGCUCUAUGACCUGGCGUACAGCUGCUACCACACGGCCAAGAAGGAUUUCCUCUCUGACCAGGCCAUGCUCUAUGCCGCUGGGGCACUGGAGAUGGCAGCAGUGUCUGCGUUUCUACAAGUUGGGGCUCCAAGGCCGUAUCCAGCACACUACAUGGACACGGCAAUACAGACCUACAGAGAUUUGUGUGUGAACAUGGUCCUAGCUGAACGUUGUGCUCUGCUCAGUGCUGAGAUACUAAAGAGUCAGGCCAAGUACUCUGAUGCUGCUACCCUCCUCAUCAAGAUGACCAGUGAGGACUCUGACCUGCGUUCUGCCCUCCUAUUGGAGCAGGCAGCCCACUGUUUCAUUAACAUGCGGAACCCCAUGGUCAGGAAGUUUGCCUUCCACAUGAUCCUGGCAGGACACCGCUUCAGCAAGGCAGGGCAGAAGCGCCAUGCGUUGCGGUGUUACUGCCAGGCCAUGCAGGUGUAUAAGGGUAAAGGCUGGUCCCUGGCUGAAGACCAUAUCAACUUCACUAUCGGCCGCCAGUCCUUCACCCUGCGCCAACCAGAGAAUGCUGUCACAGCCUUCAGACACAUCCUCACCAAUGACAGCCAGCAGACCUCCACACAGCAGGGAGCCUUCCUCCGGGAAUACCUCUACGUCUACAAGAAUGUUACGGGGGCAUGUGAGGUGGCGCUACCCCAGCUGCCCCUACCCUGCAUCAACAGCUCUGCCACCAGGGUCUACUUCGGCCAUGAACGCCGCCUGGCAGAGGGUGAGAAGCAGGCAGCCACCCACGUGUCCUUGGACCAGGAGUUUGACCGGGACCUAGCUGCCAUGUGGCAGGACCUCGAGGAACAGGUGGUUGCCGCCGCAAAACGUGGUGUCGUUCCGGCAACGUUUCAACCCACCCAGUGCUGCCUGAACAGUCAGACGGACAACCUCCGCUUCCCACUUGCUGUUGUGGAGGAACCCAUCAUAGUUGAGGUGGUGUUCCGGAACCCUCUAAAGGUUCCACUGGUUCUCUCUGACCUCUCGCUGCUGUGGAAGUUUACACUCAAAGACUUCAAUCGACCGCAUCCGCAGGAAGACUCGGUCGGAGAUGCUGUGGCCAUCAGCAACGAGAAGGAGGCCAGCGUUCCCAGGACCCCACAGAAAGAUGACGUCAUUGCCACCGAAGUCAUCCCAGAGUUCUACCUGAGCCCUGAGGAGACGAAAUUGGCUCGUCUGAAGCUGCUGCCCCACCAGACCGGUCAGCUCAACAUCCUGGGUCUAGUCUAUAACCUGGCCUCCACCUCCUCUACUGGAGACACUACUAUUAACAGCACCGCAGCCUCACAGAGCGAAGGUCCCUCAGCGGCAGAGGGGACUUCAGUUCGUGGUCGACAGGACCUAGAGAUCCAGGGACCGCGGUUGAACCAGACCAAAGAGGAGAAGACCUCAGUCAGUCACGGUCCUGACCGACGUCUUGACCCCACCAUCACCCCUCCCAUGCCCCUGCUAGAGGUAUUCUUCCUCCAGUUCCCUACUGCCCUGCUAUGUGGUGAGAUCAGGAAGGCUUACGUGGAGUUCUGUAACAUGAGUCGCGUUACCCUGUGUGGCCUGCGGGUGGCGUCCACGCACCCAGACUUCUUUACCUUUGGAAGCUCCUCCUUAGCCACACCUCUCACCCCCCUCAGCCCCACCUCUUUUGAAAACUGCUCUGCCUACAAGACCCUGGCCACACCCCCUGGCGCCACGCCCGGGUCUGUUGCCGCGGUGACACUGGUUUCAGAGGGGGACUUUGGGUCAGGGACAGGGUUGAGGGGAGGAGGAGUGUCCGGUGCGGGUAUGGGGGGUAAAGGGAUAACGGAGAUCCCUCUAGGAGAGGGGACACUAAAGCCUGGAGAAUCUACCCAGCUGCCCCUGUGGCUGAGAGGACCGGACCAGGAAGGAGUCCACGAGAUCCACUUCCUGUUCUACUACGAGAGCGCCGAGAAGGGAGGCAAGAUCAGUCACAGGGUGCUGCGUCACACAGUAUUUAUUUGUGCGAGUCGUUCGCUGUCUGUUCGGGCCACAGCUUGUCGUAGUAACACACUGCCUGAGGAGGAGGAGGAGAGGAACGGCAGCAUGCUGGUGUUUGUUGACGUGGAGAACAUCAACUCGAGCGAGGCUGGGGUGCGUGAGUUUCACAUUGCCCAGGUCUCUAGCAGCAGUAAACAGUGGAGACUACACAAGUGUAUAAACCCAGCAGAAGACAAAGACUGCAAACUCACCAGCAGAGAGAGAGGAAAGCUGUGCUUCAGAGCAACACGAUGCAAACCCCUGCAAGUUCCCUUGAAGGCAGCAGAGAAAUACACAUUUGCAGACCUGAGCCUUGGGAAUGAACUGAUCAUCACCUCCACCACUCCAUGUGCAGAUUUCUUCUUCCGGAGGUGUCAGCCCUUGGAGUCACUGAGACCUCCCGUUGCCAUGGAGAUACAGGGGAGACAUUCCAGGAGUCAGGGGGUGGGGCAUGGGGGCGGGGCCAAGGAUAUAGCGGGCGUGGUCAGGAAGUGUAACGAGGUGGACCUCGACAUCAUCAUCCUCUGGAAGGCAUUUGUUGUUGAGGACAACAAGCAGGUGAUCCUAGAGGGACAGCUUCAUGUGGCCCUACAGACCAUCGACAAAGAGGCCUGCUCUUUGACACAGAAAGAGGAUGCUCAGGAGAUGGUGCUGCUGAAGUUUAAACCGGAGCUGCCGCCUCCAAUGACACGGCCCUCCAUUGAACAACUCUCCCACCUCAUCAAGACCAACCUGCAGUACCCAGAGAGCUACAGCCACCCCUUCAAUCAGAAGAGUCUGUGUAUGGUUCCAGUCACUUUGACUCUGUCUAACUGCUCCMUGGCUCAAGUUGAUGUCAUCAUUGACCUACGCCACAAAACUACCAGCCCCGAGUCUCUUGARGUGCACGGUUCGUUUACAUGGCUGGGCCAAACGCAAUUCAAGCUGCAGUUGGGGGCACAAGAAGUGAUGCGAGUGCAGCUGCGAGCUUGCUUCCUGCAUGCGGGCGUCUAUAAUCUGGGAACGCCACGGGUCUUUGCCAAACUGGCGGACCAGGGAGCUAUGUGUGAGACCAGCCAGCAGACGGCCACGCCAGCACUCAUCAUCAUCAUCAACAGCACCUGAACAUUGUCCCGCCCCAUCAUCAAUAGCCAAUUAACCAUCUGUCAAUCAUCACUACCAAGGCUCCAGAGUCCCCCAUUGGUUGGCAACAACAGGGUUGAGAGACGCACCCAGCAAGAAAUAUCUUCCACAUCCCAUCUUUCCACCCAGUUUCAAAUCACCCACUCCCCGCCCUAAAAAGUUGACACAUUUUUCCAAUUGUGUAAAAACAAAAUGGAAUGUUCAAAUUAAAUUGUGCAUCAGUUCAGCUUGUAACCACUUUGAUGGUCCGACUGUUAACUAUUUUAUGUCCCAGCAACAAAGCAAAACAUCAUAGACUUACAUGUGGAAGAAGGAACUAUUUUCUCUCUCUCUGCAUAUGAGUCUAUCAUCUCAGUGGAGGCGCUUUGGAUUUGACCUUUUUUUAUUUUAUGAAAUCAACCCGUGAAAGGGAAGGACACAGAACAGACAAAGACAAUGACCUGUCUCCUAUGGUAACGGUGGCAUCUGUCUGCCGCCAGAGAUUUUUAUUUUAUUUUUACUGUUGAAAAACGAAUCACAGGGUGUUGAGUUAUCACAGUAGUGAUUGCAUUGUUUACUUCCUGGAUUAACCUGGAUGAGGAAGUAGGAAGAGCUACCCCACAUGGACCAGACUGUCGGCACAUCACAAACCCUUUAGAAUAUGAACCAGAGGUUGACCACUAUACUAUGAUAAAUGAAUCCUUUGACUGACAGGCCCUGAUGCUGCCUGCCCCACCUGUCUGUUGUUGGUCUGUAGUCCAUCUGGAUUUACUGUGCUGUCAGUCCCCACGAGCACACAUGUAAUUUUCUACAAAACAAACUAAUGAAUCAAUCAAAUCAAUAUGUUCCCUAUACUUCUCCCUCAUUGGCCCUCCUCCACCUUGUGAUCAAGCUGUUAUUUAAAUGUAUGUAUUUACUCAACUGCUUUUCAGAUGAAAAUKAUGUAUUAUAUUUAUAACAAAUUUACUGUAAAUAGAAAUAAAACGUAACCAAUGAUAUGGGCUGUGAGAUACAGUAACUGUCUCCUCUGUAUGGUGAAAUGUGUGGACGACGUGGUGAUUUGUAAUACUUUUCAGGGCAAGUUUUAUUUWGCAUUCCAAAUGGCACCCUGUUCCAUAUAUAUUACACUACUUUUGACUAGAUCUCAAUGUGUACUAUAAAGGGAAUAGCGUKYCAUUUGGGAAAAAGACUUAAUGACUGUCUCUGAUGCAGUGAAUAUAGUUCGACCCUCAAUUAGCUUAUCUCUGUAGAUCUGCUCCGUCUCUUAAUGCCAACUCUGUUUUAAGUGCAUUAGGAGCGAUGUCUUUGUCAAGCUGUCCUCUGUCGCUAUAUCUCCCUGAUAGACGCACAUCAGUGUAAGUGUGUGUAUCUCAGUAUCAGUUUUAGUCAAAUGGAUUCUCUAAUCGCCGAAUACUAAUUAUUUCUGGAAAGAUUGUGUCUAACAGAUGCAAUUUGAACAUUUGUAAAAUAUUACAAAUGAUAUUGUAAAAUGGUGUUUAAAAGUAUGCCUAGCCAGGAGCUUUCACAUUCAAGGAUGCACAGAGAAACUAGUAGAUCUGCUGACACAAGCAGCUGACAUGCAUAUCUGGGCAAAGCUUAAAACAUGAGAUAUUUAAUUCAGAAGUUUUAGUGUGAAGUUGCCAUUCUUUAAUAAAGCAUUAAUAAUCUUGUUGGUACCUAAUAAAUUAACAGAAGUUAA